CCCUCCCUCCCUCCCUGAGCGACAGGAGGGCGGGCGGAGCGACUGAGGCUGCGCGCACGACUGGCUGCCCGGCCGGCCGAGUCGGCAACAGCGGCGGCGGCAGGUCGUGGAGGCCGCAAGCGGGCGGAGGGGCGCUGGUGCUGCGCGGCGCCGGGCUCCCUCGGCUGGCCUUCCUCCUGCGCGCCCGGCCGCGAUGCGCCUCCCUCCCCGUCCCUGGGCGUAGCAGCGGCUCCUCCUCCUCCGGCGGCUUCGGCUCCUGCUCGGGUAUGCGCCGCUUCAGCCAGCAGCCGGGCCAGGCGGCUCCCGCGAGGGCUGCAGCGGUGGCUGCUGCUGGGGCGGCGGCGGCGAGGAAGGCCUAGCCGAGCGAGCGACCCAGCCGCGCGCCCUCUCCGCCCGCCUCCCUUCCCUUCCUCCUCCUCCUCCUCCUCCAGGCAGCCCCGACCCGGCAGUGAUGGCAGACGAGCCGCAGCAGCAGCAGCAGCAGCAGCCUCCGCCUCAGCCGCCCGAAGCCCCCAGUGGGGGCGGCCCGGGAGUGGCGGCAGCGGCCCCCCCUUCGUUGCCUGCGCUGGUGCCCGGGCUGCAGGGGACCGAAGCCAGCGCGCUGCAGCACAAGAUCAAGAACUCCAUCUGCAAAACUGUACAAUCUAAAGUGGACUGCAUUUUGCAAGAAGUUGAGAAGUUUACAGAUCUACAGAAACUCUACCUCUACCUUCAACUGCCUUCUGGUCCCAGCAAUGGAGAGAAAAGUGAUCAGCUGUCUGUAUCAUCCAGCCGCGCACAACAGAUGCAUGCCUUCUCCUGGAUCCGGAAUACCUUAGAGGAGCACCCAGAGACAUCCCUCCCCAAGCAGGAGGUGUAUGAUGAGUACAAGAGCUAUUGUGACAAUCUUGGCUACCAUCCAUUAAGUGCUGCUGACUUUGGAAAGAUCAUGAAAAAUGUCUUUCCCAACAUGAAGGCUCGCCGUUUAGGCACAAGAGGCAAAUCAAAAUAUUGUUAUAGUGGACUUCGGAAGAAAGCUUUUGUACAGAUGCCGACGCUUCCCAAUCUUGACUUCCAUAAAACUGGAGACGGGCUGGAAGGGACGGAGCCUUCUGGGCACCUGCAGAGUGCUGACGAGGAAGUGGUGUCAGCCGCCUGCCAGCUGGUCUGCCAGUGGGCCCAGAAAGUGCUCAGCCAGCCCUUUGAUUCUGUCUUGGAUCUGGCCCGCUUCCUGGUCAAAAGCCACUACAUCGGCACGAGAUCCACGGCAGCGCUGACUGUGAUGGCGGGUGCCACAGCAGGACUCAAAGGGAUCCCCCAGCCUUCUGCGUUCGUUCCUACUGCGGAAAGCCAUUCCUUCCAGCCCCAGGCCAAGACCCUGCCCUCCCCGAUGGAUGCCAAGCAGCAACUGCAGAGGAAGCUCCAGAGGAAGCAGCAGCAGGAGCAGAAGUUGGCGUCGCCGUUGCCGGGAGAGUCCCCGGCCAAGAAGGCGGAGGGUCCCGGGGCCAACGGGGCCACCAGCCUGCCGAACGGGAGCCCGGCUAUCUUGUCCCCCCAGCCCAUCGGCAUUGUGGUGGCUGCUGUUCCGAGCCCCAUCACGGUGCCAAGGACCCGGCAGCUGGUGACAUCACCGAGUCCCAUCAGCUCAGCCGAUGGCAAGGUUCUUCCACUCAACGUCCAGGUGGUCACCCAGCAUAUGCAGUCCAUCAAGCAGUCACCAAAGACCCCUCAGAACGUCCCUGCCAGUCCCGUGGGGGACCGUUCUGCCCGGCAUAGGUACCCUCAGAUCCUGCCCAAGCCGGCCAGCACCAGUGCGCUCACCAUCCGCUCCCCGACGACUGUGCUCUUCACAAGCAGCCCCAUCAAGACGGUGGUCCCCGCUCAGCACAUGAACGUGGUCAAAAUGACCACCAUCUCUCUUGCUCCAAGCAGCAGCAGCAGCACCAGUAGCCCACCAGUCAAACACGCGCCGUCGGCUGGUGGUGGUUCCGGAGCAGCGGAAGACUUGAGGACUGUCCCGCAGGUCCAGAAUGGGCCCCUUGUUUCCCUUCAGCCUCCGAGGCCCAAAGCGAGUGGGGGAGGUGGCCUGGCUCUCUCUGUAUCUGCCAUUGAGGUCAAAAUGGAGCCAGAGGCAGCCGUGGACGAGGCUGUCCUGCGGGGCCAAGAGAAUCCAGACACCUCCAAAGCUGCCAAGGUUGCUCUGAGUGCCUUGGCUGGGCAGCAGAGGAGAAGCGAACCGGAAGCCUGGACAGUUCAAGCGGGGGAGGGUUGCAGUGCAGGGAAACGCAUGCAGGGCCCUGACCAGAGGAGAGAGGAGGCAGGGAGGAAAAGCCUUGCCCAGCCCCCUGAGUCUUCCCCGGAGACUCACCCAGGCCCACUCCCUCUCUCGGUUGUGGCACAGAGCCUCUUGGGCACCACCAGCAGCACCUUACCUCCCAGUGGCGACAAGGGGGGCAGCAAAAGUCCAAGGAAGCGGCUGCCGUCUGUCUUUGCAGACUCCCAGGGCCCCCCGAUCAAGAAGCUCUCUGUGGGGCAGGUCUCUGCAGCUGGCACAGAAGCCCCGAAAGCUAGCGGUGUGAAGAAAGUGCAGCCGAGAGUGGUGGCUCUGGCAAAGAGCGAUGGCGCUGCAGGAUUUGUCCAAGUGCCCAGCAGUGUGACGAUCAAGGUCCAUUCUGCAGUGCCAAGCAGCCUGGUGACCCCCCGUCCCCUGGAUGGUGGUCUUGUCGUCAGCGACAGCAGUUCUGCUUUAGGACGCCAGCUGGCGCCCUCAUCUCCAGAGGUCAAAGUGAAGUUGGAGGGAACCAUGUUUGUCUUAGAAAGCAUCUCUAAGCCCGAUGACAGCUUUAACCCCAACAUAUGGCAGCAUCUCACAGAGAGCUCAGACUUCGCCCCUGUGAACUGUGGGGAGGAACAGCAGCGGCAGCCGGAGGAGGAGGAGGAGGAAGAGGAGGAGGAGGAGGAGGAGGAGGAUCUCAGUGUGAUGAUGCUUGCUGGACACACCAGCUCCGAGACCUUGCCGAAGUCUGUCUGGGAGCCAGUGCACUUUGAAGGGCUCCAGCAGGCAGCCGCCUACGGCCCGCAAGGGCAGAGUCAGGGGCAGGAGCCCUCUUUGGAGGAGCAGCUGCAAGCACAGACUUCAAGCCAGCUAGCUCUGCAGCCGGAGCUCAAAGAGUUUGAGGACACAGCUUCGCAACCCAACGAGAACUUCUUUUCCUUUGACGACGACCUGACCCAGGACAGCAUUGUGGAGGAGCUGGUGCUCAUGGAGGAGCAGAUGUCCAUGAGCAGCUCACACCUGUACAGCACGUCCCUGGGAAUGGCCCUGCAGAGCCAGGGGGCGGCUCAGGGGGCGCCCUUGUCCUCUCACUCAAGCAGCGCCCACUUCUACCAUCCGAUCCACAACAACGGCACUCCUGUUCACACCCCCACGCCCACCCCAACUCCCACACCCACCCCGACACCAACAUCGGAAAUCGUUGCCGGGUCACAAGGUAUGUCGCGAGAGAGUCCAUGUUCCAGGAUGGCCCAGACGACACCUGUGGAUAGCGCUUUGGGGAGCAGCCGGCACACGCCAAUCGGCACACCACAUUCCAAUUGCAGCAGCAGUGUCCCACCGAGCCCUGUGGAGUGCAGGAACCCAUUUGCCUUCACGCCAAUAAGCUCCAGCAUGGCCUACCACGACGCCAGCAUUGUUUCAAGCAGCCCCGUGAAGCCUAUGCAGCGGCCAAUGGCCACCCACCCUGAUAAAACCAAACUGGAGUGGAUGAACACCGGGUACAGCGGAGUGAGUAACCCAGCGGUUUCUAGCCAUGGAAUUCUCCCAAGCUACCAGGAGUUGGUGGAAGACCGUUUCAGGAAGCCUCACGCCUUUGCGGUUCCCGGCCAGUCCUACCAGUCUCAGACGCGGCACCACGAGGCCCAUUUUGGCCGUGUGACCCCAGUCUCUCCUGUCAGCAGCAACAAGCAGGAAGGUUUUGCUGUGCCUGCGCCCCUCGACAACAAAGGGGCAAGUUCCUCUCACAAUAGCCAUUUCAGGUGCCGGAGUGUUAGUCCUGCUGUCCAUCGCCAGCGCAAUCUUAGCGGGAGCACCGUCUGCCCUCUCACCAGCAUGCCACGCUCCAGUGCAGUGGCAGGGGUAACGUCAGCAACAGUGGCGACGGCCGUAUCUUUUGGCAGCCCUGUCACUGUGGAGGUCCACAAUGUGUUUACAAACAUCCAAGCAGACACGAGUGCCCACAGUCUCGCCCAGCGGAGUCAGUCGGUCCCGUUGACUGUCAUGAUGCAAACGCCUUUCCCGCCUCCUCAGAAGCAGACCAAUUCUAAAAAGAUAACAAAUGUUUUGCUAAGCAAGCUUGAUUCGGAUAACGAUGAUGCGGUGAGGGGCCUAGGGGUCAAUAACCUCCCCUCUAAUUAUACAGCCAGGAUGAACCUGACUCAGAUCUUAGAGACCUCUUCAGCGUUUCCAAGUGCCAACAGCCAGAACGUGCUCAGUCCCGGCCCUUCAGUUUUUGAGUUCCAAACACCAAGUUACCUCAUGAAAAGCAGCAGCACCAGCAGCAGCAGCAGCAGCAGCGAUCAGAUCCCAUUUGCUCCUGGGGAUAGCCAAGCACAAUUGGAGGCCGGGGAGCCGCCGCCGCUACCGCCGCCGCUGCCGCCGCUGGAUUUCAGCAGCACCGUCAAAGACCUCCUGGUGGAGAGCGGCCAGCAGCUGGUGGCUUCUGAUCUCAGCAGUGUGGCCUCUGUCUUCUCCAGCGACAUCAGGAUGGCUUCUGAGCUCUCAGGCAGCAUUAAUGAUUUGAACUCUCUGGACGCAAACCUGCUCUUUGACCCAGCUCACCAGCAAGGGCAGGACGAUGAGGCAACGCUGGAAGAACUGAAGAACGACCCCUUGUUCCAGCAGAUCUGCAACGAGUCCAUUAACUCUAUAACUUCGGCAGGUUUUGAUUGGAUGGAGAGCAAAGACCACCCUGCUGUUGAAAUGUUGGGUUGACUGUUUUUAAUUAAUAAAUAAAAUAAAUGUAAUAUGUAUGUAGCACACUGUUUCUAAAAGACAGACAAGACCCGGCCUUGUAUUUGUCUCAGUGGAAGUGCCUCCUGCAGCAGAAACACAGACUGUGACUUCAUUGUGGCAUUUAAAAAAAAUUGCUCUACCAGCUGCUUUAUUCUUCAGCAGGGAAUAUUAAGUCUUAUCUAUUUUAAAGACAUUUCUGAAGGAUACAGCCUGAUCCAGAGCCAGUAUUUGGUUUUAAAAUGUUACACACCGAACAGCAUUUUUUUCCUGUUGCAAAAGGCAAAGUGGCUAAUUAGCAUUCAGGGUACCAAGAGUGUAGUGAGUCUAAAUUACUAAUGAAAGGGGUACAGCCCCCCAAACAGCAUUACUGGGCUCUCCCCAUACAUUUUGGUCAGUGUUGCAUUGAGACCCAUGUUGUGCUGUUCCUUGGGCUGCCAAGCAAGCUCCAUUGGAGCGAAUGGAAGUUGCAGAGCAACAGUGUCCGUUGGAUCCAGAGUGCCAGGCACACUUGGGUGUGGACACAGGGCUCUUGCCCUGUGGCAGAGGGCACACCCAGCUGUGAGGAGCGUGCGUGCAGAGGAAUGGGGAAAGCCACCCAGGAGGCAGAGUUGCUUGUGCAUAUUAGCACAGAUUGCUGGAUUGGACGAUGACUCAGAGUUGCUGCUUCCAAAAAAUUCUGAGCUUGGUACCACCUCCUGUUUUUAUGGCUGUUCAAGAAAUCACACGUGUGGCUUCGUGGCCACGGAUAAUGGCUGAGAAAGGCAGUGGCGGCUAGGGGUCACGGCUGGCCACGCAGCUGGAGGUGAUGGUGUGAGAACUCUGUCCGACACCAAUGCAUCUUAAAAAGACGAGAAAGGGCUAACAAGGGGGAGCAGUCGAGAGGAACUAUCAAGGAGACAGAAGCACUGAACAUUUUAUCAAAAAGAAAGCCUCCUUAGUCUUUUUUAGUCAUGUGUAUCUUCACAAUCUCAGCUUAAAACAAUAUUGUCAGUUUUUAUUUUUAAUACUGGUUUUAAUAUCCUUGUUGGAAACUAAUUCUGAGCUCCGAGAUGUAAUAAAUUUGUGUUCCGUGCCAUUGGACGCCUAUUCUGUAGGGGAUGUAUUAAAUUUUUUAUUUAUUUAUCAGAAUUUGAAUCACCUGCAGUUUGGCCGGAAAUUUCCCCAAAUUGCCCAUCCUUGUUCAUAAACGAGACUCGGGUGCAGACAAGUGCCUGCCUCGUUACUGGUGGGCAAGUGCACUGCUCUUUCCUGAAAAGUUGAUAGAACCAAAAAUAAUGGAUCUUGGUUGAUGGCGCAUAAAGAUGAAUUUUCAUAGAGCCAUAAGUGCUUACCAGGUGCUGUGGUGUACAGACACGCCUUGGGACUACUUCAGAUUCUGGGGCACACAGUCCCCUGGGAAGCUGCCCAUCACAAACCCCCUGGAGGUUGAUGGGGGAAGGCGCAAGGGUGCCCAGUUGCCAUCCAUUGAGAGUGGAUUUGCCGAGGGGGAGAUCCCAGGCGAUCGAGCCCUUUGCCUUUCAAAGGGGUUGGGAAGAGAAAAAGGAUAGUCAUCAACUAACUGGGCCUGACUUAUGCAGAAAAAAAUAGUAUCUGUACCCACCCUGUGUCGAACUUGCCCUCAGCUGGAUUUCUUGAGUCAUGGCUGCAGGACAUGGUUUCCCUGGUGCUUGGAGCCGGCACUGCUUUGGCUGCGUUGCUGUCUCUUUUAACCAGCUCUGAUCGUUUUGCAUCUGCCAACGUGCAAGUCAAGGGUGAGGGCCAGGAGCUGCCUGGGGUACUAGAGAGAAGCCCUUGCAAAUGGUGGUCCAUGAGAGUGGGCAAGCAGAAGAUCCAUCAGCCAGUCAUGGCUGGUGUUUGAAAUUCUGUCAGACUCUUUGGUCCUGAGCUGCACGUGUGGGAGCAGUUCUAGCGUGAGUGGCUUCCGGGUCACAGGUCUGGUUAUUGCAUUUUUGGGAAGAGCUUUUCCUAGAGUGGCUGUUCCUUUUUCCAUUCAAAGUGCUAGAAACCAGCUUUGUGAUGUCAAACGCCGCAAUUUCAGGCCCUGCAGAAGGGUUGCCCAUGUGAUGGGGCCAGCACCUUACUGGUACAGGAGCCAUACUUGGCCCCUCUAAAGGCAGGGGGGCAGGGAGCAAGGCCCAUGGGGAGUUUCUUGGGCCCUUGUGGUGUGUGUCUGGAGCUAUGGCAGUGACUGGAGGCCAGGAGGAGGGGUGGUGGUGUCUGAUCUGAAGGGGAGGCCAGAGCAGCGGCUGCCCAUCCGAGUGCCAGGGAAGUGGGACAAGAAGAAACUCCCACAGCGAGUGCCAUGGUGCACCGAUAGAAUCAGAUGUCUGUGUGGGUUUUGGUUGCAAUUUCUAAGAUUAUAUAUAGUGUGUGUGUGUUUUCUGAAAAGCCUGCAACUACAAAGAAACGAAUUGGGGCUUUCUCUUUGAAUUUGGGCUUCGUCCGUGAUGUGACGGUGGAUCUCAACAUUUCCCAGAGCGGCCCUAAAGAAGGUACCCAGCGCAGGCAGGCAUAUAUGGACCCUCCUCCGUUUGAGCACCUUUGCCUCACCAACCACCCUUAGACCCUCUGCCCCCCUCCAGGAGCAGCACCUGCUGGUUUGUCUCUGGUGGUGAUCAGGUGCAGCAACCGGGGGGGUGGCAGCAGUUGUCUGCUCGUGUGGCUCACCACCACAGGCCAUCAAUGGCUAAUGCUUCUGAUUGGAUAGGAGGCUGGUGUCGCUCAUAUCCAGAGCAUUUGCCGGGGGGGCAUGGAGACCCUGUCCUGUAUUUUGUUGAAUAUAUUGUAGAUACAGGUUCAGAUUGUUGGAUUUAAAUCAGUUUUAAAAGUGAAAUAUCCAAACUAUCAUGUGACCACUAUCAUUCUGCCCCCACCCCCAAAAAAGGCUUGCUGCCAUAAUUUUGAAACACCACUGGAACAUAAUUGUCCUUUAACUUCAUUUAAUAAUCGAACUAGGAAUACUAUGAUACUUUAAAGUAAAUUUAAUAGAAGUUCACUUUUAAGGGAGGACCUUGGGAAAGCAGGGGCGCUAAAAUGCCACUGUAAUGAUGUGAGGGCCAAGAUGGAGUUGCGAUUGCUUUGGGGUCUUGUCCGUGGGAUAGCUGUUGUAAUGGGCAGCUUGCUGGGGUUCUCUUCCUUGGGCUUGCACCUCCUUUACUCUCUACUUGCAAAUAGGGCCUUGCUUCACACCAAAGUAUGCAGUUCCCAGGGGAGGCAGGAAGACCCUUUCUAUCAGAUGGCAGCGCCCCACCACUGCGACAGUCCUAACCCUGCGCUUACAUUCUUGGCUUUCUACAAGGAUGAGAAUUUUAUGAUGAAAUUGGUUCAGAGCGUUGCUCUCUUUAGGAAAACAUACUUUAGGAAAGUAUUGCCAAGAAUAUUUUGGAUUUGUUUGGCAAGCCCCUGGGACUGUGUGGAGUUCAGCUACUGCACUAAAACUUCUGUUGAACUGUGGCAGGCACAUUCCUUAGGAUAAAUGCAACCAUACGGCCCACAGAUUAAAAAGAAAGAAAAACAAAUGACUACAGAAAACUUUUUAAAACGUAUUUCAUUAUUUAAAGGCAAAAUGUCAUCCAAAUGACAGCUAACUUGUCUUAUGUAGCAAUGUGCAUUGAUCUCAAUGAGAUGUUUCUAUUUCUUAUUCUCUUACGUGAGAAUCUUACAGCAGGAAAAAAACUUUUGUUUGCCUCACCAUGUUAAUACAUGAUCACUCAACGUGCAUGCGUGUUCUCUCUCUUGACUUAACUUGUACAGUGCUAGGUAGACUGUUGUAACCCACUCUUUUUCGUUUUUAAUUUUGCGCUGUAUCAGAACUGGUUCUGUGUUAACCAGACAAGCAUAGCUGAAUCACCAGUUAGUUACAUUUUUAUGUUUACUAAUUCUGCUUAGUUGUUGUUAAAUAUGUUCUUUUCUCUGAUUAUUUUUAUUGCUACGGUGUUGGGGGAGGGGAACCCUUUUGGCGUGAUUUUUUUCAUGAGAAUUCAUGAAGUAAAUAAUUUGCAAAUAAUUGCAAUAAGCACUGACAUUUGAACUGAAGAGAAGGACAGUUUUCCUUGUGCAGUGCAUCUGACGUUUAUAGAAAGUCUUCUACUGUCCUGUGCUUUCUAUAAGGAAAGGAGAUAUACCCCGUCCACCUUUUCAUCAAGUGCACAGGCAGACUCUUUCUCUCCCCGCGUCACCCCCGUGUUUUGUUGUCUGUUGUACCUGCUGAAAUGACAGUAGUUGAAUAUUGCAGUAGCAUUUCAGUUAAUUUUUUAUUGAAAGUGCUCAGAAUUUGUUUUUUUAAUGUUUUCAGAAACAAUAAAACGUUUUAUAUUAA